AUGGGGUUAAAGUGGAAGAGAUGUGGAAAAAUCAGGAACGUUUUAAUAGAACGGCCUGAUAUAGUAAACUGGCGUGCUCGUUAUUUGCGAGAGAUACAAAAUUGUAGACACGAGGGUAAAGUUAUUGUGUACCUAGACGAGACGUGGGUGGACAACAAUUUGACUUUUGGAAAAUGUUGGAGUGGUCCUGGUGUUCCUGGCGUCUUGACAAACACGAGUUCAUCUAAUAGACUAAUAGUGGUUAGUGCCGGCACGAAAGAUGGAUUUCUUCAUGACUGCAAUUUAAUUUUCAAAGCUGGCAGAGCUACCGGUGAUUACCAUGGUCAAAUGAAUGGCGUUAAUUUUGAACGAUGGGUUCACGAAAAACUAUUGCCACAUCUUCCAAAAAACAGCGUAGUUGUCCUUGAUAAUGCACCAUAUCACUGCCCUCAGGACAAUAAACCUCCUUCUAAAUAUGCAGUUAAAAAUGACAUGGUUGAAUGGUUAAUUAAAAAUAAUAUAGCUUGUUCCACGACUAUGAAAAAAUUUGAACUGUACGAUUUAAUAGUGCAACACAAACCUCCACAAAAGAUUUUCCGUGUAGAUUCUUUACUAAAGGCACAUGGACAUUUAGUAAUCCUUUUACCACCUUAUAUGUGCGAGCUAAAUCCUAUAGAGUUAGCCUGGGCUACCAUGAAACGGGAAAUUAAAAAUCACAAUAUCAAAGGUGAUUUAUGUUUAACAAAACUUGAGGAAGUGACAACACAUGCUAUGAACUCUGUUACCAAAAUAGACUAUGAAGGUUUUACAAAUCACACCCUAAAACUAGAGCAGGACUACUGGAUAAAGGAUGGAUUAAUAGAAGACGUCAUUGACCACUUCGUUAUUGAACUUGGUGGCGUGGACUCCAGUGAAAGUGACAACCCCGAUGACGACGACCAGAGUUCUUCUGAAUCAGAUCUCGCAUGUCCACUCGACUAA